AUGUCCAACAUUGUAAAGCUUGAGUUUGCAGCACUUGAAGUUAGUGGGAAAAACCAUGCGCCAUGGAUGAUAGAUGUAAAAAUGCAUCUUGAGACCAUGGGAAUCUCAAAUGUUAUAUGUGAAUUUAAUAAUUGUUUGGCACACGACAAGGCGAAAGCACAAGUUUUCCUUCGUACACAUAUUGAUGAAAUGUUGAGAUUUGAAUAUCUUGAUAGUACUGAUCCAAGUAUUCUUUGGAAUCUCUUGAAAGAAAGAUUUGAUCAUCAAAAGGAAUUUAUACUUCCAAUUGCUAGAGAUGAAUGGAGAACAAUGAGGUUUCAAGACUUCAAGAAAGUAAAUGAAUACAGCUCAGCUGUGUUCAGAAUAUGUUCAAAACUCAAGUAUUGUGGACAAGAAGUUACCGAUGAAGAUAUGUUGGAGAAAAAUUACUCCACGUUUCAUGCAACAAACAUUACCCUGAUGCAAACAUAUCGAUUGCAAAUGUUCACAAAAUAUUUUGAACUGAAUAUAUGCUUGCUUAUUGUAAAGAAAAACUAUGAGCACUUGAUGAAAAACCAUGAAUCUCGUCCAACUGGAUCAGUAGCACUUCUUGAAGCAAAUGCUACAAAUACUGAUGGUGAUCGAAACAAUACACGUAGAUGA